AUGAUGCACUAUGUUAGAAUGUACAUUAUGAAAAAAAACAAGGUGGCGGUGGUGCUUCGGGUGGCGGCCGGCCGGCCGUCCCUGUGCGGAGGCGGAGGCGGAGGCGCCACUCCCCCUCAAGGGGUGGUUCUCAUCUCCAACUCUCUCAAACUCUUUCUUCCUCUUUUCUCAAAACCUCCACGAAAGGGGCAUACAUUAGGCUCUACCACAUACAUUCAACAAGCAAUUCAUACAAGAAAAUUCAUGGAUGUGGCAUGGAGAAGAUGGAGGAGAAAGAAACCUGGAAAACUUCAAGAGGUUGACUCCUAUAGCUCGAUUCAUUUAGUUUCAAAGCAAGCUAAAGGUUGGAGAAGCAUCCCUGAACUUCAAGCAAGCUGUACAAGUCCUCACAUUGCACUGAAAGUCCCUCCAUUGUCAGACACGAUCCAAGAUGAACAGGUGAACACCAUGGCGGAAGAAUGA